CUCUGCCUCGUUUUGUUUAAUUUGACUUUUAGUUGACCUCGCUGUCAGAUUACAUAUUUGACUGCACACAUUUCAUGAGAAGACAUGCAAGUUUGUUCACAUUUCUAUUUUGGUGUGCACGUUGUAUCCUUCAGUCCAGUUAGCCGACUAGCUAACAAACUAACUAGCUAGUUAGCUCGCAGCGAUGUCAACGUGGCGCAGGCUGCAUGUGAAGGUGCGGACGGCUCAUGGAUUAUUAAUUAGCUCCAGACCGGUGACCCAGCGGUACACAUGGCUGUAUGGACAUUUAUCGUUAUGUCAAAGCCUGAGUACGGGCACACCUCUCCGGAAUGACUUCUUCAAAGACCUGGAGGCCCAGCUGGCAGCUAUGAGGAAGAAGGCGUCAGACGCGCUGCCCGGCAGCAGCUGGUCUCCCCUGCAGAUCAACCCGGACCUUCCGCCGGAGAGGGCCGACAUAGUGAUCGUAGGAGGCGGUGUGAUGGGCUGGUCCGUCGCCUACUGGCUCAAGCAGAAGGAGAGGGUGCGAGGAGGGGUCAAAGUGGUUGUGGUGGAGAGGGACCCAACGUACUCCCAGGCCUCCACCGUGCUGUCUGCAGGGGGGAUCCGACAGCAGUUCUCCUUGCCUGAGAACAUCCACCUCUCCCUGGCCUCCGCAGCUUUCUUGAGGAACAUCAAUGAACACCUCGGCGUGUUGAAAGAAGACCCCGUGGACCUCCAGUUUAACCACUCAGGAUACCUCUUCCUGGCCAGUGAGGAGGUGGCUCACAUCAUGGAGGAGAACUAUAGCACCCAGAGGUCGGCAGGAGCCAAAGUUUCACUUCUGUCUCCGACACAAGUAAAGGAGAAAUUUCCGUGGAUAAACACAGACAGUGUGGCGCUGGCUUCAUAUGGGUUGGAGAACGAGGGCUGGUUUGACCCCUGGACUCUGCUGAACGCCUUCAGGAGGAAGGCCAUCUCGAUGGGAGUCAUUCCGUGCUGUGGAGAGGUCACAGAUUUUAAAUACACAACAAGCAGGAUGAUGAGCAGUGAUGGUGAUCAGAUGGAUAUCAGGAGGAUAAGAUCUGUCAAAGUGCAGAUGCCCAACAGUCUGGAGUACCAGCCGGUGGAAUGUGCCAUUGUGGUGAAUGCAGCAGGAGCCUUUUCUGCUAAACUGGCAGAGAUGCUGGGAAUCGGCUUCGGUCCAAAAGACUCCAUUGCUGGAAUCCCACUGCCUGUUGAGCCUCGCAAAAGGUAUGUGUAUGUGGUCCACUGUCCUGACGGUCCAGGUCUGGACACUCCCUUCCUGAUUGAUUAUUCUGGAGUUUACUUCAGGAGAGAGGGUUUAGGAGGAAACUACAUUGCUGGGGCAUCGCCAGAGGAGGCGGAGGAGCCAGAUACCAGUAACCUGGAGGUGGACCAUCAGUUCUUUGAAGACAAGGUUUGGCCCAGUUUGGCCUCUCGUGUUCCAGCCUUCGAGAAGCUGAAGGUGACGAGUGCGUGGGCAGGUUACUACGACUACAACACCUUCGACCAGAACGGCAUCAUCGGCAUGCACCCACUCAUCAACAACAUGUACUUUGUCACCGGGUUCAGCGGCCACGGCCUGCAGCACUCCCCCGCGGUGGGUCGAUCUGUGGCAGAACUGAUCCUGGAUGGAAACUUUAAAACGCUGGACUUGAGCGGCCUCGGCUUCAGACGCAUUCUGGCCCAGGAGCCCAUGUUAGAGAGGAACAUUGUAUAGAGGAACUGGGACCAGGACUCAUACCCUUCAUGCUGCUGACAAAUUAUUAUAACAACUUCAGUCUUGUUUUUUGUCGCAAUUUUUACUCAGAGAUUCCAAAACGGCACCUUUGCUUUUUUAUACAGAGACAAACAGUGCUGUCAUCAUGCUGCCCCAGUGUGUGAUUUUAGAGAGCAUGCCAGUGAUCUGGAAGCAAAAGAGACAUGAAGGCAUGACAUGUAAUGCAACAGCGUGGGCAUCUAGUGUGACAUAACAUACAUGUCAGCGGUGCUAUCAAAACAGUAACAAUGGCAGACAUGGCAAUAACAAUCAUUUACCAUCCCUGUUACACAACAGUUCAUCUCAUCCUCUGCUGAAGGGUAAAGAGCUCCUAGAACUCAUUGUUUUCCCAAUUUGUGGACAUAUUCGGACGCUGCUAGCUGCUAACUGCUAACUGCUAACUGCUGCUAGAUGCUUUUUAAAUCUCCUGGCAGUAGGUCGCACACAUAUUAUGUCUAUAUGUCACAUCCAUCCCGUCCUACACAGACGUCGAUUUGGCACUGUAACUACCUCUGCAGCCGGCUUAAAAGCUGAUUUGUAGUUGUACGAAGGCUCUAAGCAGAGUGUACCCCGUAGUCUACACAAGUGGCCUACAUCAUUGUGAGCAUUUAUACUUUUUAAUUUUAUUUUUUAUGUUUUUAACUAGGUACGACCCGUUGUGAUCAGCAAUCUCUUUUUCAAGGGAGAACUGGCCAAGCCAGCAGCGUCAGAAAAAGUUACUGCCAAAAAACAACACAGUAAAAAACACUAAAGAUACACAGUAACGUAGAAAUAUUAGAACACCUACAAUGACAAGAACCAACCGAUUCAUUCAUUCUGGUACUUAUUUGUGCAGUUGUGUGUCUGCAUCGCUCUGCAAUUACACCUUUAAAAUGAGAGUUGGGGUUUCUAUGCUGCUCUGUUGAGUUUCUGUGAAGCGCAUUUAAGUUUAAUUGAUUUAGCUAACACCUAAAACAUGGCUUGAUAACGACAGUAUUAAACAAAAGCACAAAUUCGUCUUCUUUCAAAGUCACAAGGUAAAACAAAUGUCCUAUGCUAGACACGUUUUCCCCGCAUAUACAACAUGCUAACAUAAUUAGCAUAAGCCAAUGACAUUUUCCCAUUGUAUAAAUUAGCCGAGCAGCUAGCAGACUUUUCCUCCACUCAUAUGAAGCCAGGAUAAAUCACACACAAGACUUAAAAUUCUAUUUUAUGGGGGCUUUAUUGUCUUCACAGUUUAUUGUUUCGUAUCUGUGAAAUAAUUAACAAAAUGGUUUUCAGCUUAUAAUAAACACACAGUCUGCAUCAUCGCAACGUGUAGUCACAUUUCUGGGAAGGUGCACGUCAGGCUAUGCUGUAGGCUAUGAGUCAGUGCAGAGGUCUAAACCACACCUCAAGGCACAACAACUCUGUCCUGCAAUUCCGUGAUCGUACCUUUUGUACAGAACGGCGAGGCGGAACAACCAAAGGCAGCAUCAAAGGGGCCGGUGAUAUUGACACUGAGAUCUGGGGAUGUGGUGUCAUUGUUACAAUGACAUCCAAUGAGGAAGAAACUUCAGUAGGAGGAAACUUUGAGAAAAGACUGAAACUGUUUGCUGAAGGGGAAAAGUUGACUCAAGAAUGGAUGGAUGGAGGGAGGGAGAGAGAGAGGGAGGGAGGGAGGUGAAUCAACUGCUCACACACCCUGUGUACAAUAUAGAAAAUACCAAAGUCCUGACAUCUGCCUUUUAGAUUUCUGUUGAAUCUGGGUGUGUGAUGGCGUUGUGCAGCACAGCUUUAGUCUAUUCAUUUUAAUAGAAACAUCAGCAGCUUCUCCAGAUGAGUUACUUAUACAUCAUGUAUACUGUGAGUGUGUGUGUACAGUACAGUGUUGCAGAAUCACAUUGGAUCCCUUUUAUAUUUAAAUUUGUUGAUCAUGUAUUCAUUAUUGUACAGUAAUUUCAAUGUUUUAUAUAAAUCAAUGCAACAACAUUUUAUAAAUGAUCAACAUUUUUGUAUAACA